UGUUUACAGGCCUGCGUUCGCGACUCGGGCGGCCCGUGCGGCCAAAACAUUUUGUUGAAGAAAGACGAAAGCGUGGUCCGUUAAAUCCGUAGAAAACUAGGAUGGAACCAACUUCCUCCAAACGAGCUCGAUCGGUGAAACCUACAACGCCACGCGGUAAAAAAUCGGCCAAUGCAACGCAGGAGCAACUGGCCGACACAGCGGCUAAACUGGAGAAGGCGGAAAAACAGGUUGGCAAUCAUUAUGCACUGGCACCGACGGUACACUCCUGGGCAGGCAAAAGUGGCAGGUACGCUAGAAAACAUGACCAUCAAACCAUUCUACAGCUCCCGCUACAACCGGGAAUGCUGACCAGCGAAUCGCUUCUGGAGCACUUUCAACCAACGAAACACUGGCUGGUGGAGUUACCGUUGCCGCUCUACACCGCACCCGGUUCGGGUGGCCCUACGAUACCGGAUGCGAUGGUACGAUCGCUCAUUGCCAAGAAAAUGUACAAAAAGCGACUGAUGACCACACAGCAGGCGUACAGAAGUAAAUCGAUACGAACCGAGGCCGGGUUGGGCCGUACUUCUGUGAGCACUGCUGCCCUGCUAUACGCGGCAUUACUGGACCGCGAUCCGGAUCCGUACCUGUCGCAUCAUGCUGACUAUAAUUAUCACUACACCGGGGGCUGUUGUGCCUGGCUGCGUGCGUCAACCAAAGAUCGAGCAAUCCUGUUUAAAGCGGUUGGAGAAUGUUUGGAGCAGCUGGAAGUAUUACAGCUACGGUACACCGGCGGUGCCGAUGGAAUUGAAACGGAACGGAUGCAAUUGUUGAACCUACCGGAAAUGGAGGGACCCAUUUUGGAAAUUACUACCAACCAAAGGCGACUUGCUUAUGAUAGCAGCAUCCGGAUAGCAGUACGAAAGCGGAACACAGUAACCAUCGUGCAUGAGAUGAAGGAUGAAAACGCCGGCAGCAGUAGCUGGCAAGUCUGUCAAACCAUACAAUCCAGCGUACCUUUGGCUAGCGUUUGUUUCGUUAGGCCAUCGCAAGUGCCAUCACCGCACCGGGAUACUACUGCUACUCUCUGCACAACCGACUACCAAAGGCUACUACGCCUAUGGACGCACGAUCGCCGUAGCCGACAUGAUGAAGCCGGUGAGAUGAAGUGUGUGAAACAGUUAAUGCUACCGAAGCAAAGUAGUACAGGCGACGAUUGGUCCGCGGUACGUUGCGUGGAUAGCGUUUCACUCGUUGCAUGCUUAGAUCGACGAAAGCUUCAUCUCUAUCGGAUAAUGACGCAAGAAGACGAAGCCGAUGCACCGUCUCCAACAGAAAGAGGCGAAGACUCAACAUUGCGCUUUGAAUCCUGCGGUCAGCAAACGUUCUCUCGAUGGACGUACCCGUGUGAACUGGCAUGUGCACUGGAGGUAUCUCCGGAAGAUAAACUGAUCUUCAUUGCCACCUGCCAUCAUUUGCUUGUGGCGCGGCUAGAACCACAUGUCAAAGGCUGUGAAACGGAUGUGGACGGAAGCUCGACCGAUUCGGAGGAUUCGUCGUUGGAUAAGCGCUUGCGUCUGGUUGUGCUGAUAGUGUACGCCCAUCAUCUCCAGCAACGACCAGCUUUCCUAAGCUUCCAGUGUCACAGUUUCGAUGACGGUACGCAACGGGCACCGGAUUGCUUUCUGCUGCUAGCGAGCCACCUCGGCAUGUGCUACUGCCUGUGUGUCUUCAGCAAGCGUACGACGGAUCAGCGCUACGUUGCCCAACACUAUCCUCACCAUCCGAGUACGUUUGCUGACUCAUACAUGGUUGCCCAGCGGAAGGGCUAUUGCCUUGGUGUAAACGAUCCUUUAAAACAGCGCUUCUCGGCGUACCAUUCCGGUGCGCUGCUUGUUCCGUUCCGCCAAAGGCUCGUUAUUUUGCUGCAAAACUCCUGCGGAGAUUUGCUGCAGCAAACCAUUGUCCCCAGCCCCAAUGAAGCCCCUAUGGGGAAACGCAUGAAAAGCGAAAUCAGCGUAGCCGAAACGAUCAGAAGCUGGCACGAGCGGUUGCUGGAGGAGCAGCUCGCCUCCACCGAGAACGGUCGCUUACCGUACACAGCGUCCGACUUUCGGAAGAUGAAAAAGUUCCGCCACAUAUUCAACUGUCCCGACAGCAAAACCAGCAGGUUGCCGGACCAAAUCUUUCGAGUAACGGUUGCAAAAGGCAAAGCAAGGCAGUCGGUUCGUUCGGCAACAUCUUACAAUUCUGCCGAUGAUACGGACUCCAUGAACGAUGAUGGUGAUGAUGAUGGUGAUGAGAGUGAUGGUGGUUCUGGUGCUGAGACCAGACAGCAGAAGCCAGCAACGGAACAGACGAUCGAGGAGCUACGAUCAUACAAGGACAUACUCGUACAACCGAUGCUCUCCGUAUGGGGGUACGGAGAUACCGUUUUGACGACUGGCGUCGUCGUUCCACAAGCAGAGAAAAUACCGGUCCAGUUGCCCGGGUACGAUGAGCUGCACGUUACCGAGCGUAUCGCUUGCUGGAUGAGUUCGGUUAAGGAUGAACCUUGCGUCGUGAAGAAGGAAGAGACGGAAGAAGGCGUAGUGAAAUGUAAAGAGAAAGACGAGGAGCAGUUUAAUGUGCUAGCCGCGCCUGCUGAUAGGUCCUAUCUUCGCGGGGAUGGCGUUGAUGUGGCGGAAUAUGCCGAUACACAAGCCGCCAUCAUUAUGGCAACGACCCGGAACGGAGAAGAAACCAUAUUCUCACAGCCAACGGUGGCGUCAUCAGCAAAGAAGCGAAAAUAUGUUAAAGGAUUCUAAAGUUGAUUUCAUUAAGAGCAAACAGCAGCAACAGGAAGAAAAUAAAAUCAAAAGAAAAAG